AUGGCCGACACCGAGCUCCAGCGGUUCUUCUCCGCCGGCAAAGCGAUUGAGCCCGAUGUCGCGGCCGAGCUGCAGUCGAUGAUGCGCCUGCACGGCAUCUCCGCCGAGGACCUCUUCUACAAGUGGGAGUCGUACUGCAUCAAGAUGGACCUCGACGCCGGCGACGCCCUGACGCUCGUCCACGUGCGCAACCUCAAACAGAACAUGCUGGAUGCGCUGUCCAAGUCGGCCGCGACGCCGGCUGCUAGCUCAUCCUCGGCGGUGAAGCCGAAAGCAGAGAGAAAGGUGGCAGGGACACCGAGAGCAGGUGGUGGCGCGGCGAACGGUGGUGGCGGCGCAGGAGGAGACAUGUACGGCAUGCUGGACGGCUUGAUGCCGAGCACGCCGGCGUCGGGCGCAAAGCUGAACAGGGCGCCGGGCAGUGCGGGUGGAAGCGCGCUGCGCAAGAGGAUGGAAGUGUCUAAAAUCUCGAGCUCGCCGGCCGGUGGCAUGGGCGACCAGCUCGCCGAGAUGAGUGGUCUACCCUCCUUUAGCGACCGCCAGAAUCCCGGCGAAGUCGUCGAAAUCCUCAACAGCCAGCUCGCCUCCGCCGAAGCACCGCUCGCGCCAUAUCCAGAGCCCCGCGUCAAGCUCACCGCGGCGUCGGACCAGAAGAAGAUGGCCUACAAGCCGCUGGCGAUGAAGCUCUCUGAGGCCAGCGAAAUCCUCGACGACCGCAUCGACGACGUGGCGACGCUCGUGCAGCAGCACCACAAGCUCGACGACGGCGUCUUUGGCAACGCCGCCAGCCAGGGCACCACGGAGAUUGUCGCCGUCGGGCGCAUCGCGUCGGAUUCCGCCGAGGGCAAGCUCAACGCCGCCAGCCUGGUGCUCGAGACGUCGCGGCGCACGGGCAUGGGCUUCCGUGUACCCCUCCAGAUGGACGCCAUUGCGGCCUGGAGCGUGUUCCCCGGUCAGAUUGUGGCGCUCAAGGGCAGCAACGCGACGGGCAACGAGUUCGUGGUCAAGGAGAUUCUGGACAUUCCGCUGCUGCCGAAUGCAGCGUCGGCAGGCAGCGCGCUGGCCGUGCACGAGGAAAAGAUGCGCGUGCGCGACCCGGACGCCAUGAUGGACGACGACGACGGCAAGCCCGCGCCGCCGCUGCAGAUCCUAUACGCGGCCGGCCCGUACACGGCGGACGACAACCUCGACUUUGAGCCGUUGCACGCGCUGUGCAGCCAGGCGGCUGACGCCUACGCCGACGCGGUGGUGCUGACGGGCCCGUUCCUGGACGUCGACCACCCGCUGGUCGCGACGGGCGACUUUGACCUCCCCGAGGAGGCGCUCUCGUCGCUCGACGCCGACACGGCGACCAUGGCAACUGUGUUCCGGUACCUCGUGGCGCCGGCCAUCAACCGUCUCGCGGCGACGAACCCGCACGUCACCAUCAUCCUGGUGCCCUCGGUGCGCGACGUGCUCGACAGGCACGUGUCGUGGCCGCAGGACACGAUCCCCCGCAAGGAGCUCGGCCUGCCCAAGGCCGUCCGCAUCGUGUCCAACCCCAUGACGCUGUCCGUCAACGAGGUCGUCCUCGGCAUCUCCAGCCAGGACGCGCUCUGGGAGCUGCGCGCCGAGGAGCUGGCCAAGGCCGGCGGCACGCUGUCCGGCGGCGACCUGAUGGCGCGCCUGUGCAGGCACCUGAUUGAGCAGCGCCACUACUACCCCGUGUAUCCGCCGACGGACCGCGCGCGGCUGCCCAAGACGGGCACGCAGGAGGGCACGGCGACGGGCGCCGUGCUGGACCUGAGCUACAUGAAGCUCGGCGAAAUGGUCAACGUCCGGCCAGAUGUGAUGCUGACGCCGAGCGCGCUGCCGCCCUUUGCCAAGGUCGUGGAGAGUGUGUUGGCGAUUAACCCCGGAUACCUGUCCAAGCGGCGCGGCGCAGGCACGUAUGCUCGCAUGACGCUGCACCCGCCCAGCAUUGAAGGGGACGGCCUACAAGGGCAUCGUGUCUUUGAGCGAGCCAAGGUGGAGAUUGUGAGGAUAUAA